AAAAAAAAUCCAAUCUUGCCUUUAUACAACUGUGCAAGGAUCUAAAUCUAAUUACGCGCUUCAAGGCUUGGAAGCAAAACAAGAAUCCCCAGAAAUGGUCGGAGAUCAAGCUCUGUUCUUGGCCUCCUGUUCACGAUUCCGAUAACUUUUGCUUAAUCCUUGUUGGUAAGCGCUUAAUCUUCAAUCAAACUGCACUUGUGCGGUCCUUCCGACACCGGGUCAAUCGAGUCGUUUACUUUUCCUGGUCUUUCCCCCAGUUUGAUAAUUCUGCUUCUGUAGCAGCAGGACAAACAAUAUCAUUGAUUGCUUUGAAUUCUCCGUUGUCUUCUUUCUGUUUCGGUGGGAUAAAUGGGAAAAGGGCAUCGCCCUCGUGGAAUUUGGGAAGAAAAAUUUGUGGGUUUUGGGUUAGGGUUUUUUGCGGGGCCUAAAGUUCGAAGCUUUUUUUUUUGUGGGUUUGAUCGGUAUCACGUUCAGACAAUGCGGGGUUUAGGUGGAAUCUUUAGUUGAGAGUUCUGGGUUUUCUGAAUAGGUUUUCUCGGGAUCGAUUCAAGCUCCUGAAUACGAAUUCCUCGAAUUCUGAACUGUAAGUUCCUGAUAUUGGAAUCGUCGAAUCGAAGGGAUCAUUCUGGUUGAAGUUUCUUCCCCUGGUUCCGUGGUAUUUUGUUAAAGCUGAUCGAGGAGUCAACUCAAAUACCAUCUUUAGGGUUUGAUUCAAGCUUUUGCAAUACCCUUGCUAGGGUUCUUGAGGAAUUUCCUGAGAGUAGAUUUGAAGUUUUUAAGGUAUGGAUGAGAAUCAAGGAGGUUCGAGCUCACUUCCUCCAUUCCUUGCUAAAACAUAUGAGAUGGUGGAUGAUCCUUCUACUGAUUCGAUCGUCUCGUGGAGCCAUGGCAACAAAAGUUUUAUCGUUUGGAACCCACCCGAGUUUUCCAGAGAUCUCCUCCCGAGAUUCUUCAAGCACAACAAUUUCUCCAGCUUCAUCCGCCAGCUUAAUACUUAUGGUUUUAGAAAAAUCGACCCCGAGAAAUGGGAAUUCGCCAACGACGGUUUUGUAAGGGGGCAGCCUCACCUUUUGAAGAACAUUCACAGGCGAAAACCAGUUCACAGCCACUCCUUGCAGAAUCUGCAGGGGCAAAAUACUCUGACAGAGUCGGAGCGUCAGAUCAUGAAGGAUCAAAUCGAGAGACUGGAAAAAGAGAACGAGGGCUUACUUGCCGAGUUACAUAAGAAGGAGCAGGAACGAAAAGGCUUCGAGCUGCAAGUGAACCUCAUGAAGGACCGGUUGCAACAUAUGGAGCAACGACAGAAAUCAAUGGUCUCGUUUGUUUCUCAGGUUUUGCAGAAACCGGGGCUUGCCUUGAAUCUUUCACCAAAUUUCGAAACAAACGAUAGAAAAAGAAGGUUUCCCGGGAUUGGGUACUUGCACGAUGAACCAGGGAAGGAAGAGAACCAAGCAUGUACUGCUCAAAGAACUGGCAGAGAAAAUUCUCCUCCCAGCCCAUUGCACGCCGAACAGGUUGAGCAGCUAGAUUCAUCUCUAGCCCUUUGGGAGAAUCUUGUAUCAGAUGUCGGUGAUAGUCUCGUCCGGUCAAGCAUGGACCUUGAGGUUGAUGAAUCCGCUAGUUGUGCAGAAAGCCCGUCUAUAUCUUGCUUAGCCGUAAACGUCGAAUCCCGUUCGAAAUCUCCGAGAUCUCCAAGGAUUAUUGACAUGAACUCCGAGCCCAUUUCUUCUAAAGAACAGCCGGCUGGUAACACCACGGCUCCUCCACCCUCCGGGGUGAAUGAUGUCUUCUGGGAGCAGUUUCUGACAGAGAACCCGGGUUCAAACGGGCAUCAUCAGGAAGCUCAGUCAGAGAGGAAAGACGCCGUGGAAGCAAAGAAGGUCGAGAAUGAUGGUAAGACGGGCGAUGGCGGGAAGUUUUGGUGGAAUUCAGGGAAUGUAAAUACACUUACAGAACAGAUGGGGCAUCUCACUUCUGCAGAGAGAAUCUGAUAUUAGCUUCUUUACCACAAGAAUAGGACACUUAGGUACGAUUCUUACCUUACAUCCAUUGUAAAAUAGGUUUGUAGUUUAUCGUUUUUCAGACACAUGCUGGUCUAGUUCUCGCUCUACUAUAGGAGACGGUGUUACAUAAUCAUGUAUCAGGCGUGAUCUAGAUUGAUCUUCACUCACGGUGAUGUACUUUCCUUGUUUGUGAUUCGGUUGAAAGGCAGUUUCUUUAGUUCUGGGUAUUGCGAGUAUUGUACAUCCAUUGUACUGCAAUGUCUUCUUGCUUAAACAUCGACUAAGAACACCGUGGAAUCGCCAUUGUUUUCUUCUGUGA